AUGCGUCAAGUAUCUGUCAAGGCGAUUCAGUGCGCACGAUUAUGGAAAAACGGCAGUAAACGUCCGUGCCCACUCUUCGCCCCAGGCCAGGCGCUAUCACUGCGAUCAUACUCUUCCAGUAAACUCCCAACAAACCUACCCGUCGUACGGACUCCCAUGCAUAUCCGCCGGUUUUCGCUUGCUUUGAUUUCGACUGUGGUCGCUUCCGGGGCAUGGUACGCGUAUCAGGGCAAUGGUAGUGCGCAGUCAUUAGCAACCCAGGUUAGAGGAUUUGCCUCAAAUGCAGUCUCGUACGCAUAUGCCGAUAGUCCAUCUGGUCCCACGCGCCGACCUGUGCUAGUAAAUAACGCCCAGUUCUCCACUACCGCAAUUCCCAAAGACCAACCUUUGUCAAAAACAACCGACGACUCGGACCGACGCGUUCUCAAUCGGUUGACACCCGAGCAGGCUACCGAGAAACUGCGAAAGGAUGAGGAAUCAUACUUGGUCAAUCGUGGAAAUGGUGUGGUUCGCUACGACCUGGUUCAGGUUCCUAGCAACUCGCCCAUUGAGGAUGACCACGCGGAAUUGGUCGUCGAAGUACCUUCUUCAGCGGCUGCAGGAGAAGCCAGCGAUUGGAACUUCUGGGCAGUCUUUGAUGGUCACUCUGGUUGGACGACUUCUGCAAAGCUCCGAAAUGUUCUCAUCGCAUACGUUGCACGAGAGCUGAAUGCCACAUUUGAGGCUGCUGCCGCCGAUCCAUCGAAGCUGGUCCCAUCAUCUGAGGCUAUCGAUGCGGCAAUUAAGCAGGGUUUUAUGCGCCUCGACCACGAGAUUGUGAAUGAGAGUGUUGAGAAGGUGUUCAAGGCUAACUCUCGACGUGUGGCCGCGGAGCUUCUCGCCCCGGCUCUUUCUGGAUCUUGCGCCCUGCUCAGCUUCUACAACUCUCAGUCCAAGGAUCUCAAAGUUGCAGUCGCAGGUGACUCUCGCGCAGUCCUCGGCCGUCGCGGCCCCAAUGGAAAAUGGACUGCUACUGCUCUUUCUGAAGACCAGACUGGUGGAACUCCUUCUGAGGUGAAGCGCUUGCGCGAAGAACACCCUGAUGAACCUUCCGUUACUCGAAAUGGCCGAAUUUUAGGCCAACUCGAGCCUAGUCGUUCCUUUGGCGACGCAUUUUACAAAUGGAGCAAAGAAGUCCAAGACAAGAUUAAGGGACAAUUCUUUGGCCGUACUCCUCACCCUCUUUUGAAGACCCCUCCCUAUGUCACUGCUGAGCCCGUCAUUACCACCACCAAAAUUGAUCCCUCACAAGGCGAUUUCCUCGUCUUGGCCACUGAUGGCCUUUGGGAAAUGCUGAGCAAUGAGGAAGUAGUCGGUUUGGUUGGCCAAUGGCUCGAAGAAGAGAAGAAUAAGGCAGCCGCUGGUUCCAACAAGGCAUGGCUCCAGAGCUGGUUUGGAUUUGACAACCAGGGAAAACUCCCUGUGGAGGAAGCACAUGAUGCCUCUGGCGAAGGACAGCGCCGUCCAAUCCGUCAGCGCCAAUAUGAUAUCGCCGGUGCAGCCAGCCGAUUUGUCGUCGAGGACAAGAAUGCUGCAACACAUCUAGUGCGAAAUGCGAUGGGAGGCAAGGAUAAGGACAUGGUGUGCUCGCUUUUGUCACUCCCUAGCCCAUACUCUCGCCGCUACCGUGAUGAUCUUACUGUUGAGGUUAUUUUCUUCGGCCACGGAGACGACUCUCGCACCAUCGAGGUCAACAAGGAAGCCAGUGCUCCGCAAGAAGAGGCCCCCCAACCCAAACUAUGA